GAAACUCAAGCUGAUCAGCUGUGAGAGAGCGGAGCUACAGUGCAUGAUGGGAAACUGAGUCCCUGUUGCAAAGUCAUCAACUGACACCUGUUUACUGUGAACGUGACUCAGCAGGAUUUCAGGGCCUGAACAGGUACAGGAAGUCGACCCACUGACAGGAAGUGAUGUCACACGUGUACAGAAGCUGACUGAUUGGUGCGCGUGUGUGUGUGUGUGUGAGAGCUGCUGUGGUCGGAGUGUGUUGGUCUCACAGGAAACAGAAACAGAGUGAACGAUGGGAGUGAAGACGCUGCUGCUGCUGCUCGUCGCUCUGGAGGUGAGGUUGGCGGCGGGAGGUCAAAAUGGCCGCUCCAUGCCCGGCUCUCCGACCAACAUCAGCCGGGACGACCGCGGCCUCCAGCAGGUCGUCCUCGCCACCGCCUACUCCUUCAACAACCAAUCAAAUGACGCCUUCCUCUUCAAGCCCUCCACCGUCCACCGAGCACAGCGACAGGUGGUGAAAGGGGUUCGUUACAUCGUGGACCUGGACGUCUCCAGAACCAUCUGUCGAAAACGAGACCACAACGACCACGACUUGUCCAAGUGCGACUUCCAGCCUGAAGGCCGUCUGCAGCAGACGUUCCGGUGUCACUCUGACGUUUGGUCGAUUCCGUGGACACACGAGAUGAAGAUUCUCGACUUUGUCUGUAAAAGCAUGAAACCAGCAGAAGAUCCAGGUUCUGAUGCUUCGACCUGAAGAAAUCUGAGCUGUCAUCGAUCACCUGGUCACUGAUCAUCAAUCACCUGGUCACUGAUCACCUGAUCAUCAAUCACCUGGUCACUGAUCACCUGAUCAUCAUUCACCUGGUCACUCAUCACCUGAUCAUCAAUCACCUGGUCACUGAUCACCUGGUCAUCAUUCACCUGGUCACUGAUCACCUGGUCAUCAUUCACCUGGUCACUGAUCUUCUGUCCUUCUCUCUGUCCGGCUGCUUUACAUUUGAGAAAUUAAACUUUUUUCACACAAUAAAAAACUACUUUUCCUCCUCCUCCUCCUGACAGAACGAGGCCCCCCUGCUGGUCAGAGGGAGGAGCAGCAGGCAGGUGGACAUUUAUAAAAACAUAUAUAAAUUAUUAAAAACUACAAAUCAA